AUGUCAAUGACUGGUCAGAGCUCGGGCAGCGAUGAUCAACCAUACGCGACACGUCCAGCUCUACCGGAACAGGAACCUACGAGCCCCCAGCUUCAAGACACCAGUCGAGGCGCAGAGGGGUUUGAGCCGAUUUCUUUCAAGCGAAAACAAAAACGCCAAUCCCGUUUCAGCCUAUCUAGCCUUUUCACGAAUACCGCUGGCGGUUCGAGCACUGAGCUUGGGUUCACCAGACUACAAGGCGGACAAAAUGGCGAUGCCUCGCCACUGGAGCCUUAUGGACCAGUUGGAUUGAAUGGGGAUCCGAACUCCAAAGACGGUGGUCCCCUGGACUGGUACGUGGAAGGCCCCGGUCGCCGAGUAGGCUACGACGAUUUUACCGCCAUCGAUUGGAUCUAUGAGUACACGAAAGAACGUCAACGGAAACGGCUACUGUACUCCAGUGGUCAGGGUGUUUUGGGCUAUGCGCGCAGAGUCAUAGAAGCCAGCAACGUCUGGUUUGUCCUCAUUGCAACCGGUAUCGCUGUAGGAAUCCUUGCUGCAGCCAUCGACAUCGCGACGGAUUGGUUAGGAGAUUUGAAAACCGGUUACUGCAAGAGUGGCAGUGGAGGUGGCAAGUUUUAUCUAAAUCGAAGCUUUUGCUGCUGGGGUCUAAAUGAUUAUUCCAAGUGCAUGGACUGGAAACCAUGGGGGAGUGCGCUAGGUGUAUCUUCAACCGGAGGCCAGUAUGCCAUCGAGUACAUAUUUUACACUGUCUUUUCGGUUGUAUUCGCUCUAUGUGCUUGCCUGUUAGUACGACGGUUUGCAAUUUAUGCAAGGCACAGUGGAAUCCCCGAGAUUAAAACGAUUCUUGGAGGAACUGUCAUCCGACACUUCAUGGGCCCGUGGACGCUGACUAUCAAGUCGCUUGGGCUGUGUCUUGCAGUUUCAUCCGGUCUUUGGCUCGGUAAGGAAGGUCCACUGGUGCACGUUGCAUGCUGCUGCGCCAACAUAAUGAUGAAACCCUUCGACAGCCUCACCGGUAACGAGGCGAGGAAACGUGAAGUCCUCUCUGCUGCGGCGGCGGCAGGUAUCUCUGUCGCCUUCGGUGCUCCCAUCGGAGGAGUCCUCUUCAGCCUGGAGCAAUUAUCUUAUUAUUUUCCAGAUAAGACAAUGUGGCAGAGCUUUGUCUGCGCUAUGGUUGCUGCUGUGACUUUACAAGCAUUAAAUCCAUUCCGCACGGGAAAAAUUGUGCUCUAUCAAGUCACGUACACUCGAGGGUGGCACCGCUUUGAAGUCAUUCCAUUCAUUAUCCUUGGCAUUGUUGGCGGUCUCUUUGGGGCAUUCCUCAUUCGUCUGAACAUUAAGAUCGCCCAAUGGCGACGAUCACAGUCAUCUUCUCGGCCCAUCGUUGCGGUCGCCAUAAUUGCUCUCUUGACGGCCUUGAUCAACUUCCCGAAUCAUUUCAUGAGAGCCCAAAACUCAGAACUCGUCCAGGCACUUUUUGCAGAGUGCAGCAGUGAAACAUAUGAUCGAUUCGGUCUUUGCGUCACGGGGACCAAGGCUUUCGGUGUAGUUGCUAUCCUCUUGCUCUCUGCCGCGCUCGCGUUCUUCCUUGCUUCGUUGACCUUCGGGCUAGAUAUUCCGGCCGGUAUCAUCCUGCCGUCAGUUGCCAUCGGUGCACUCUAUGGUCGCGCUCUCGGAAUACUAGUGCGAAUGUGGCAGGAAGCCUACCCAAAGGCAUUCCUCUUCGCCAAAUGCGAACCCGACAUUCCAUGCGUAACACCUGGGCUGUACGCGAUCAUUGGCGCGGCCUCAGCCCUGGGUGGUGCAACUCGAAUGACGCUCUCCAUUGUUGUCAUUAUGUUCGAGUUGACCGGCGCUUUGACUUAUGUCAUCCCGAUCAUGAUCGCCGUGAUGUUGUCCAAAUGGUGCGGUGAUAUUUUUGGAAAACGAGGCAUUUAUGAAUCAUGGAUUCAGCUCAAUGAAUAUCCGUUCCUCGAUCACCGCGACGACACCACCCCACCAGACGUCUAUGCUCGGCGAGUAAUGACGGUUGUCGACGAUCUAUCUGUCAUCACCGCAACAGGCCACACCAUUGGCUCACUUCGAAAUCUCGUUGCUAACACCACCUACCGUGGUUUCCCGGUGAUCUCCGAGACCUCCAGCCCUAUUCUUCUUGGAUAUAUUACACGCAAUGAGCUCUCGUUCGCUUUAAAACAUUCGACUUCUCCCGCCAACCGCAAUCUCUCGGAAGACACUCAGGUCUUCUUUAUCCACCAGCCAUUUGCAGAUCCCGUGGAGACAUUGGAUCUUCGGCCCUGGAUGGACCAAACCCCCAUUACUCUCAACAGCAAUAUCAGUUUCUUGAUCGUGCUGCGAAUGUUCCAACGGCUGGGUCUACGAUACGUCCUUUUCGCGAACAAAGGAAUAUUACAAGGCUUAUUGACCAAAAAAGAUGUUUGGUCAGUGCUUAAUGGUGUUGAGUUUCGUCGGCAGGAAGCCUUGCGAGGCGAUGAGUUUCAAAAUACACAUGGGGCCGAAGAGGUUGGCCUGCUCCAAGGUGAUGAGCAAAGCAGUCUCAGUGGUUCACUCAGGCGAAACUCGCUGUGA